AUGUCAACUACCGUGAGAUCCAACAACAGCAACAACCUAACUACACUUUCAUCACCGGCGCAUAUGUAUUUCCCGUCUCGAGCGGAAGAAAUAGUAGUUUGCAGCGCUCUUUUGUUUGAAGCUCUCCUCAUUUUCACGGGGAACUUGGUCGCAAUUGUUUUCUUCGCACUAAAGACGGAGCUCCGAAAGCGGAAAAGCUUGUUUCUGGUUAUAAACAUGGCGUUCGCGGAUGUAAUGUUAGGAGCUGUAUCCGUUCCUUUGUUUGUUUAUUUAAAGGUCGGUUUUCAGCUAUGGAGUAUCACACAAGAGGGUUGGGGUAGUGUUGGACUACUUUUACCUUCACUUCGAUAUCAUUUUCUUGCAGGCUUCGUUAAUUUCCGCAGUUUUGUAUAUCUUGUGAAAGAUUUUACGCCGUCUAUCGGCCACUAA